UCACCUGGAAAGCCCGGAAGUCAUGUGUUCUCUUCCCAUCGCGCACUGCGGUGGGUUAUCUUACGUCACUUCUGGUUUCCUGAACAAAGAUGGCCGCGUUCACAUGGCCGUUGCGCGGUCGGGCGCUCUUUGCGGUGACUCGCCGGCUUCCCCCUUUCUGUUCGCAGAAGAGGAACAAGUAUAUCGUCCUGCUUCCAGAAGUACCCGAAGAUACUGCCGAGACCAACCCCCUGCUGCGGUACACGCUUCUGCCGGAGUACACGGACCUGACGGGCGAGAAAUGCUACAACGCCAUCGGCAAGCUCAUCGUCGAGUUCGAGAGCGGGGUGUGCAAGCUCGAAGAAGACGUCCAAGACGGAAGCUACGUGAAGACGUUCGAGUCCGUGAUGGACCCUCUGGAGCGGCUGGCCGCCCCCUUGGAAUCUGCGUGGAGCGCGCUCCGUAACCUGUACCUCGUCAACAAGAGGGACGACAUCGCAGAGGCCUACAUGCAGCUCCAUUCCCGGGUGCAUCGUGCCAAGGCCAAGAGGUUCCAAAGUUUGCCCAUCUACCAUGCAGUCAAGGAGCUGCAGACGGACUCGCAUCUGUACAGCGAGGAGCAGCGUCGGAUCAUCCGCAAGCACUGCCUGGAGGCCCGGCUGAUGGGCGUCGACCUGACAGGCAGCGCGAGCAAGCUGCUUAGCCAGGCGGUCGAGAGGACGGCGCGGGAAGCCGGCUUCUACAGGCAGAAGCUGCAGCAGGCAAUGGAUGUCUUCAGGCACAGGGUGGACGGGGACAUGGUCAGGAACUUUCCGGAGGACCUGGUCAGGCGGCUGGCAGUCGACAAGACGAACCCGUCACGAGGUCCCUGGGUGGUAACCCUGCAGGAGGACGUCUACGAGGGGUUCCUGCAGUACUGCGGUGACCGGUUACACCGCUGGAACGUCUGGAACGCCUACAACACGCGGGCCUCCUUCGCCAACAAGGAACUCAACAACAGCCUCCACAUCGAGGAGAUCCGCUGCCAGAGGCAGGCCCAGGCAGAGAUCCUUGGCUACAAGAACUUUGUGGAGCUCUCGAUGGAGACCAAGAUGGCCGGCAGCCUGGAGAACGUGCAGGCCACCAUCGAAGCGCUGCGGGAACGGGUGAAGCCUGCUGCCGAGGAAGAGGUGAGGUCCCUGCAUGAGUUCACUGCCGAGCGGGGCUUCAGGGACAAGCUGGAGCUCUGGGACGUGCCUUACUGGCGGCGCAAGCAGAGGCAGGCGGUGUUCAGGUAUGACGAGGCUGAAGUGAGGGAGUACUUCCCUCUGCCCACGGUGUUGGACGGUCUGUACCGGCUGUGCAACCGGCUGUUUGGCAUCACCGUCAAGGAGUCUAGCCUCUCGGCGAAGGCAUGGCACCCGGACGUGAAGGCCUACGACAUCUUGGAUGCGUCUGGCAACCAUGCGGGUUCCUUCUUCCUCGACCCGUACGCACGGACAAACAAGCACGCCGGCAGUUGGAUGGAGGCCGCCAGGGGGCGAAGCGUAACCCUGGGCACCCUUCCCGUGGCCAACCUGGUGUUCAGCUUCCAGCCACCACUCCUCGGGCGGCCCUCCCUGCUGUCCUAUGCCGACGUCUGCACCCUCUUCCGCAAGUUUGGCCACACGCUGCAGCACUGCCUGACGCGGACGAGGUACGCGGAGGUGUCCGGCCUGUCUGGCGUCGAGUGGGACCUGGUAGAGGCGUGCCCCAACGUGUGCGAGAUGCUCCUCUCCCAGCACCCCGUGGCGGCCGCCGUGAGCGGCCACGUGGACGACGGGCGUCCCCUGUCCGCCGAGCUGCAUGCCAAGCUCCACGGCGCCAAGACUCACAUGGUGGCUCUGGACCUCUGCUGGGAGCUGUACUACUCCUGCCUCGACCUGGAGCUCUAUUCCAAGAAGGAAUUCUGGCAGGACGUGUGCUCGCGCCUAUGGCCGCAGUUCAUCCCGCUCCCGAGAGACAAGCGGGAGUGCCACCUGUGCUCCUUUACACCCAUCACCGUGGGGGACUUCCCGGCCGCCUACUUUUCUUUCCUCUGGUCUAAGAUGGUGGCUGCCGACAUCUUUGGCGCCUUCCGGCAGGUCGGGUUUGCCGAGGGGUCCGAGGUGGACCACGUCGGAGAAAGAUUCAGGGAAACCUUCCUGGAGCUUGGAGGCAGCUGUGAAGGGAGCGAAGUGUUCCGGAGGUUCAUGGGGCGCGAUCCCUCUCCCGAAUCGCUGCUGGCUGCAUACGGGCUGCAGUCCAAGCAGCCCCUCGAGCCGUGACCGCCAUCUCGAGCCGAUGCAGGCUGAUAAAGUUACGUUGGGGUGUGUUUCCGAGGCAGAUUUGUAUAGUUGACAGAGCCAAAUAAAUUAUGCUGAACAUAAAA